AUUUGUAGUYUGUACUAUGUAUUUAUUUCUGCUACAUAUUUACAUUCACCUAAGGAUAUUUGUCCUGGAACUCCACCUUUCUGAAAGGGACUAUUGCACAAUGCUUUGAGAAGGUGACUGYGUAUUCUUCCCACAUACUGUCUGUGGAUCCUGGAAAGAUUUAGUCAUGAACGUCAGUAUUUGAACUGUUYUGUGGAGUCAGUGGUCUGCCUGUCUAACUAAGGAUGAGUGCAAAUAUUUGCAGGAUUAGGGSAAAGAAGCCCCUCAGAGAUGGUGUUGUUACAUUAAUGUUUGAAAUGCUUAUGAAAUAAAUCAGAACUGUCUGUUUUCCUUUCUCUCUCYGCAGGCCUUGACCUACCAGGCAGAUUUCUCUUUGCAACCUUGACUCUGAUGACGCUCAUUGCCAUCCUGGUGUUUAUAGAGGAAGCAGUCUACAUCUACAGGAAAAUCCCCUCCUCCAAAAGAGCAAUCAUAAUUUGGAUUAAUGCUGCAGCUCCAGUGAUCUCCACUACUUCAUGCAUUGGCAUGUGGGUUCCUCGCUCAACAAUGUUUACAGAUUUCACAGCAGGAAUUUUUUUUGCCAUAGUGAUCCACAAGUUCCUGAUGAUGAUGAUUAAGGAGUGUGGAGGCCAGAAGGUGCUCCUCAGGCACUUUGAAAAUGGUCGCUUCACCAUCAGCACGGGCCCCUGCUGCUGCUGCUGCCCCUGCCUCCCUCGUGUGCCCAUCACCAGGCAAGCCCUAUUUUGGCUGAAGCUGGGCACCUUUCAGUUUGCUGUCCUUCGGCCUAUGCUCAUAUUUUUAUCAAUAGUGCUUUGGACUAAUGGCRAUUACGUCCUUUACAAUUURUCUCCCAAAGGACCUGCGCUGUGGAUUAACUGCUUCAUUGGUGCCCUCACCCUUUUUGCUCUGUGGGCUGUUGGAAUCAUGUUUCGAAAAGUUAGGAUUCUCCUUAAGUCUAAGAAUAUUAUCCCAAAAUUUGCUCUUUAUCAGUUUAUUGUCAUUUUGAACCACCUGCAGACCACUAUUAUCAACAUAUUCGCUACACAAAAAAUCAUCCCCUGUGCUCCACCACUCUCCUCUACAGCAAGAGGAUCAUAUAUAGCCCAGCAGCUGCUGAUCAUGGAAAUGUUUCUGAUAACUGUAAUCUCAAGAGUGGUCUAUCGGAGAAAAUACCAUGACCUAGAGCCUCCAGAGUGUKCAUCUGAAGAACCCAUGGACAAGAAGCAGACUCCAAAGAUUAUCCUGAAUGGAGCAGUUGUUGAAGGUGGAUUGCCAAAGGUUUAGAAGCUCUCUGUGCUCCUGUUCUGCAGGAGCUUUAAGCUGAGCUUCAGGAACUUGUGUUUUCUUGCACCAAAAAUAACCCCUGUCCAUGUCAGAAUARCUUCUGACAUAAAUGCCUGUGAUGCUGAAAGGAUUGAUAAUGGACAGAUAACCCUGAUGAAUCUCCAGAGAUGUUUACAUGGUGUGAAUGUUUUCCUACCAUGUAAUUUGCUAAGAUUUUAUACCAUUUUAUGCUGUUACUGAGUACUUGAUGCUGCCAAACUGUCUCACAAUGUGAUUUUAUUUUAUUUUUAUUUUUAUUUUUUAGCUAU